GAAGUGGGUUCGGAAGCUUGAAGGUUUCUGAUGCUACUUGACUUGACAAUCAUAUUCCUUGGAUUAAUAAGCUUUUUCUUUCUAUUCAUGAUUUAGGGCCGUCCAGAAUAACUCUAUCUAUUUCAAACCAGGACGACCAAGAAAACGAGCCACCAAGGCAGUCGACGUCUUGAACUUCCCGCAAAGAAAACUAAAACAACAUGGCUGCAUGGAUACCUCAACCUGUUAUGUUCGAGUCCGGCCGAGCAUUCGAUUGUGAAGGCUUUGAUUCCGACCAGUGCCAGUAUUAUAAACACCCGUGGCGCAAUUGGUAUGUGGCAGACUGGACAUACGCCCUGCCAACAAUAGCACUCUUCAUGUGCAUUAUCGGCAUUUUCAUAAUCGGCUAUAUCUUGACACAAGUUCUUGCUUUGUCCCACAGACCUGAGCCUUUGAUAUGGCGAAGGGGCGUUGCAUUAACUCGAUACUUGACAUACCGAGGUUUUCGCAUCGAAAGUUUAAGGUGGAACUCUGCGCCAGUGGGUGUGCUAUUGUUGGGAGCGAUAGGGGCCAUAUAUUUUUUCUGCAUGGACUUGAUACCAUCUCCAUAUUAUUGGCCAGGUUCGGACACUGUUUGGGGCGGCUCGCCACCAUUAGGUACCAGGUCUGGCUGGCUGGCGUUAGCUUGUAUGCCCUUCGUCUUUGCAACUGCAACCAAGACGAAUUGGAUAACAUUGGUGACCGGAGUACCCUAUGAGAAGCUCCAGGUCUUUCACCGGUGGUCUGCGUAUGCUUUCCUCAUCCUGGCGUUGAUGCACACAUUUCCAUUUAUUGUUUGGCAUAUUCAUAAUGGCGACAUGGUCAAUCAGUUCACUGUGAGUAACAUCUUCGAAUAUUGGACCGGCGUUGUUGCGCUUGUAUUCCAGGCGUGGCUCACAUUCGCAUCUUGGGGUCCUAUUCGAAAUCUCGGCUAUGAGUUUUUCAAAGCAUCACAUUUCUUAUCGGCUGUAGUGUUUAUGGUGAUAUUUUUUUGGCACUGCAGCGGUACACUAACAUCAUGGGACUAUUUUGUCGCAACAGCAGCAGUGUACGUACCUUGUUGGACGUAUCCUUGGCUUAGGACCUUGUUCGAAUACGGUACACGUCAGAAAGCAGAAAUCUUCAUUGAAGACAAUGGAUUCACACGUAUCACAAUACCAGCCAACUUUAAAUGGCAACCGGGACAACAUUGUUUCUUGCGGUUCCGCGGCUUCGGUCUUCAUGCUUUAAGCUCUCAUCCAUUUACCAUCUGCUCGCUACCAUCUACAUCCAUUAAUAAACCGUCCGAGCUUACUUUCUACAUCCGCCAUCAAGCAGGCUUUACAGCAAGGCUGUAUAGCCAUGCAAUGAAUCGCCCAGGCGUACAGGUACCUGUGUUUGUUGAUGGUCCCUAUGGAGGUAUAGACAAUCAGAAAUACUUUAGCAGCGGUCGUCUUAUUGUAGUUGCUGGUGGCUCAGGAGCUGGAUGGAUGCUUCCUUUUAUCGAGCAGUUCCUACAAUAUCAGUCUUCGAAGGGGGUUCCCGAGCCUCUGGCUGACGAAACGAAAGAGGACAAAGAGACCUCUGACAAGCCAUCAAAUCAGCGAGAUCCUCGUAGCCCCCAAUCAUUGCGGGUCAUACUAUCAACACGAGACAUAGCGACUCGCACAUGGUUCCAUACAACUGUUAACAAGAUGUUAUCGGACUACCAGUCGCUAGGGACACACAUAAGUGUCGAGGUACACGUGACUGGCGAAGCUGAGCCUAUGGGGCAACCUCCAACCAAAUCUGCUCCAGAGCUCGAACGGUCCGAUCUUUCAUUAACAGAGAAAGACAUCAUCAGUAAGCAUGCAGGAGCAUCUCGAAAUUCCGACGCAAGUGAUGAACCGAAAGAUGAAGUGCGCGGGCGCCCAGAUUUACCUUUGAUCAUCCGAGAGGAGUCCGCGACAGCGAGAGCAACCGGACAGACAGUAGGCGUCUUCGUAUGCGGACCGCUUGCUAUGCAAAAUGAUGUGCGCAAUGCUGUCGCGAAAGAGAACUUGAGUAUUGUAAAGAGCCCAAGCUCUGGUGGAAUAUACUUGUAUUCUGAACACUUCUCGUGGGCAUAAGAGAAUAUAAACCGACAAGCUCGGCAUCUAUAACUAGUUUUUCAUCGAUAUCAAUCACUGCAUAAUCUCUCACUUCUUAAGGGCAUUCCUUGUUAGAGAAAUGAGGAUGGACACUACCGUACAGCAGCCAUUAAAUCCAGUAUAUACAGGUACUUUUUACUCUGACUUAAUUCCACUUCUCAAGUCUUGAUAAUUCUCUGCUGUGAAAUUCUCGGCACGAAGUCCACUUUCGAUGAUGUCCUCUUUUAUGAUUGGCUAUUUGACCUCCAGAUACUACUCCCAUAACCCAUGGGUCAUUUUCAAGAUGCGAAAUGUGUUGCUUGUCGAACAAUCUGCAACCGGAUAAUGGUUAGGUAGGGCGUGUUUCAUGCUUCGAUGGCUAUUGUAGUUGUCUUGAAGACCAUUGAUAUCUCCAAGUAGUGUUUUAUGUAAUUUAUCUCUCUGCUA